UGUUUAACCGCGUAAAAGCGCGAGCCAAGCCACCAGCAGAGAGGGGUUCCCCUUUCCAACAGUACUCGCAGAGCAGAGAGGCUGACAGAGGAUUUUUAACGUGUGACAACUAGGACAACAAACAACGAGGAAGUAUCUCUGAGGAUCGACUGAAUGCAUAAACUAACACUGAACUUUUGGAAAGUGAAAUGACCAGAUUUGAAGGUUGUGAAAAGUGAAACGGCUCCUCCUUCAGGUCUCCAAUGCCCAAAGAGUGCAGGAGGAAGAGCUCCAAAGACUUCAGUCUUUCUGGGACUGGAUUUACCGAAGGGUCUCGUUUAGAGCGAAGAGCAGCCGGGAAGGCAUCACAGAUUUGCGAUGAUCUCGUUCAGAGAGCCGCUCAAAUCACCGAGUCGUCCGCAACCAGAGCGCCGGCUGUAAUGGACUCUCCCCGGGUACCGCAGGUCACCAUCACCCCGGAGGGAGGCGGCUCCUCCCGGGAGAUGCAGCAGGAGGACUGGGAUGAUGCUGUGGACGGCACCCUGCGCAGGAAACUGUCCAACUCCUCCAUCUCCUCCACAGGCUCUUCUCUGGUGGAGUCCGAAGAUGAUAUACUCAGCGACAACGAGAGCAAAAGCAAAGGCAUCAUCACUUUAGAGCAUCUGGGGGACUCUGGAGAGAGCAAGCCGUGGUGGAAGUUGAAGACGGUUGUCCACUGGCCCUUCAGUGCUUCACAGAAGAGAAAACUAAAUUGGGUUCAGCUAGCCGGGCAUAAAGGUAACUUCAAAGCAGCAGACGAGGGCAACAUCCUGAAGAAGUUCUCGGAAAACGAGAAGCAGUGUUUCGAGAAGCUAAGGGAGGACGCGCUGCUCCUGUUCGUGCCCAGGUACCACGGUGUUGUGGAAAAAGAUGGAGAGUCUUUCCUUCAUAUGACUGACCUGCUAUCAAACUUUGACCUCCCCAAUGUUAUGGACUGCAAGAUGGGAGUAAGGACGUACUUGGAAGAGGAGCUUGUCAGAGCGCGGGAGCGGCCCAAGCAGAGAGAAGACCUGUACAGGAAAAUGGUGGAGGUGGACAGUGAAGGGCCGACUCCCCAGGAACAUUCGCAGUGUGGCGUCACCAAGCCUCGCUACAUGCAGUGGAGGGAGAGCAUGAGCUCCACCAACACCCUGGGCUUCAGGAUAGAAGGCAUCAAGAAAUCCGACGGCACAUGUCACACUGACUUCAAGAAAACUCGAUCGAAGCAGGAUGUUCUCCAAGUGUUCAAGGACUUUGUCGGAGGGAACCCAGACAUCAUUACGUCUUACCUGAGCAGACUCAAGGAGAUCCAGCAGGCCCUGAAGACGUCAGAGUUCUUCAAGCAACACGAGGUCAUUGGCAGCUCUCUCCUCUUUAUCCACGACCGCACGGGCAAUGCACAGGUGUGGAUGAUUGACUUUGGGAAGACGACAGUGCUACCGGAGGGCCAGACGUUAAAUCAUGACAUUCCCUGGCAGGAAGGCAACCGGGAGGACGGAUACCUGUGGGGGCUGCAAAACCUGCUUGACACUCUGGAGUCAGUCAGAAAUGAAGAUUCCCUCAGCUCAGUUACUAAGGACUGAAUCUGUCAGUGACCUGUGACUGAUGUGUGAGAGGAAUUCAAACUAACGGACAACAAAAAGAGCCUCUUAGGGAGGUUUCAUACAUGAUUUGCUUUGACUGCGGGAUGAUAAAUGUUAAAAGACAGAGCAUUGCAUAACUUUUAUAAAUCCACUGACAGAAAAGACACGAUUAACAGAGAGGAGCAGAGAAUGUGUCACUAGUUACUGAAAAAUUGAGCAAAUGUACUGACACUAACUUCCUACAAAAUGAACAGAAGUGAAAGUGUAGGGAUAUGCAUUUCAGUUACAGGGUGACGCGUGAAACACGACUCCAAAACAAAGAGUAGGUGAGAGAAGUCAUAAUCCCCCUUAUUACCAUCCAUCCCUCAGUCAUGAUGUUACAUCUGCAAGUGUGACAUUAAAGGGAAAUACUGUGUGGUGUGAAACUCACAGAUACACAACUACAAUAAUAAAGUACUGCAUACUGUAUGAUGAUUAGUUUGAACUGUUCUAACAAACUCUUUUACUGUGUAUCAAUUUAUAUUUCUUUCACUGAUUCAAUUCCUGUAAUCAAACUUGUAAUCUUGUAAUUUCCUUCCUUGGUUUUCGCGCAAAGUUGUGCAACUGUAAAGAAUGAAAAGGUAUAUCAAAUUAAAAAGGGCAAAUACUCCAUCCAUCCAUCUUCUACUGCUUAUCCGAGUCUGGUCACAGAAGAAGCAGUUCCAGUAGAGGGCCCCAAACUUCCCUUUCCCUGGCCACAACAACCAGCUCUGACUUGGGGAUCCCAAGGCGCUCCCAGGCCAGCGUAGAGAUAAGAAAACCCAUUUUGGCCACUUGUAUCCACAAUCUCGUUUUUUUUGGUCAUGACCCAUCCUUCAUGACCAAAAGUGAGGAUAGGAACGAAGGGCAAAUUCUGUUAGUUCUUAUUCUCAAUGGUAGAACGCUAUUGUGUUAUCUUAGUAUGUUAGGAGUGAGCUCACAUUGCGUAACUGAUCAAACUCACACACACACAAGAUCAAUAUAUGUUGAUUUAUUAGGGGCACAGUUAGAGGAAUUAGAAGAAAGUUUGAAAUACAGUGUUUUGCAUAGGACAUCUUUGCAUUUUUGGUUGAGGCAUAACACCCUCAGCUACUUAAAGAAUACAGAAGAAAAAACAUUCUGAAUAAGUGUGAAAUAAAAUGCACCCGGCCAAGAAUAUACAAGACGCAGAUGGAUUUGUCUUUAUCUGUAAAAUAAAUCACAUAUAAAUCACUA